UAGUCGCUACUAUACGGACAAACAAAAUGAAUGACGAACUAUUCACCAAGGGAUGGGUCCCCAAGCUUUUAUUGAUUGUAACGUUUUUACUAAUGUCAUGUCGUCUGUCAUUACAAGCGAAAUCUAUAAAUGAUUUCCAACAGCUCGAAGCUAACAUUGUCAAUAAGUCAUUGGCCCAGUUAUCGGCAGGCGAUAUGGAUCCCAUAACAAAAUUACGUGCCUUAUGUUUGUCUCGCGGUGCCACCGGUAUCAAUGGAUUGGGCAGAAUAUUCCGCAAUAUGGAUGAUGAUGGCAGUAAAGCCCUAAAUGAGUACGAAUUUACCAAAGGCAUCAAGGAAUGUGGUUUAGAUGUGAGUAAUGAGGAGAUUAAGGAGAUGUUCCGCAGUUUCGAUGAGGAUGGCAGCGGUUCCAUUAACAUGACUGAAUUUUUGCUUAAGCUAAGGCCUCCCAUGUCCCAGGCUCGCUUGGCAAUGAUUGAUAAAGCCUUUAGUAAAAUGGAUAAAACUGGUGAUGGUGUCAUUACCUUGGAAGACUUGAAAAAUGUGUACACAGCCCGCGAACAUCCCAAAUUCAAGAGCGGUGAAAAGACUGAAGAUGAAAUUUUAACUGACUUUUUGCAUAAUUUCGAGGGCGGCCGUGGUAAUUUGGAUGGCAAAGUAACGAAAGAGGAAUUUAUCAACUACUACGCCACCAUUAGUGCCUCCAUCGAUAACGAUGAAUAUUUCGAAUUUAUGAUGAAAAAAGCAUAUGCCUUGGAAUAAGCCACUAUAACUAAUUGUAUUUUU